AACAACGUUUAUGUGUAAACGUUAAUAAUCAUCAGUAAGUUUCAUUUUGCUCGUCGAUCCGCAAUCAAUUUUAUAUCAUGAAGAUACUUGUGUUAUUGGUUGUUUUUACACAUUCUGUUACGGCAAGAUUUAUUGACGAGAAAUGUGAUGGAGUUAUUGUCCAUAAUAUUAACCAUAUAAAAGAAGUAUUAAAAGAAAAUAUAGACAGUCCCUAUCAGUUGGCAAUCGACUAUGACACCAAUAUGCUAUUUUUUAGCUAUUCAGGAUACGAAAAUAUUUCAAAGUUUUUUUCAGCAUAUAUUAAUCUCAAAACCAAUGAGUUCCAAAUAAUUGAUGGUAUUAAUGGCGGGUUUGCGAAUGCUGUUGAUGAUCGGAGUAACACAGUGUACUUGGGUGGAAAUGAUGGUAUUUAUAAAUUUGAUUUUGAAACCAAGAGAGCGCACCAUAUUGAUGGCACUACUCAUAAUAUAUGGCAAAUAUUCUUUAAAAAGGACUUGUAUUAUACGAAUUAUCCACAAGAACAAGUUUACGUAUACAAGGAUGGCCACUCCCAAAGUCUUCCUGAACUAUUUGAAACACACGCUAUGCUAGUUGCUAUUGACAACAAUGACAAUAUAUAUUUUUCUAAUUCAACGGGGCUCUAUGUCCAUAAGAAGGCUAAAAAUUAUGUAUCUUUCUUGGGCGAUUACAAUCUAAACGGCAUAACAAGUGACAUUACUGGUAAUUUAUACUUUUCUACGCCCGAUGGUAUAUACUUUAUUGACGAUAAAAGUAAAAGAAUAGAGAAACUAGCUACAAUAGAAAAUAUUUACGGAAUGGCCGUGGAAAGCGAUGGAAAUAUAAUAUACGCGUCACAAGAUAAACUUGUGAGACUGAAACCAACCAAAACGCAUUGCUUUGUCAACGAAAAGCCCGAAGUCGAUGUGUUCUAAGUUAUGUGUGAAAUUUUAUGUACUGUGGUGGUAGAGCUUUGUGCAAGCUUGUCUGGGUAUGUACCACCGACUCAACAGAUAUUCUACCGCAAAACAGUACUUGGUAUUGUUGCGUUCCGGUUUGAAGGGUGAGUCAGCCAGUGUAAUUAUAGGCACAAGGGAUAUAAUAUCUUAGUUUCCAAGGUUGGUGGCGCAUUGGUGAUGUAAGCGAUGGUUAACAUUUCUUACAAUGUCAACGUAUAUGGGCGUUGGUGAGCACUUACUAUCAGGUGGCCCAUAUGCUCAUCCGCCUUCCUAUUCUAUAAAAAAAAGAAAACUGUUGUGUCGGGUUAUAUGAAAUAGAUAACGUCAACAACGACUUAUUUAAGACACAUAUUUUUCACGAUCUAGUAGCAGAUUGAACAGAGGAAAGUGCCAACUAUGUCUCAAGGUCAAAAGUCAAAAAUAUUUGUUCAAUAUAGAAGCGUUACACUUACUUAUUGAUUGUCAUAAAUCUACCACCAAACCUAAUCCGUUAAACAGUGUCCAAUGAUAUAAUUUAAAACAAACAGAUACAACAACAACUAUUUAUGAGUGCCUGUAAUGAGUUUUGAUAUUAAUAAUAAUAAUAAAAUCGUUUAAAAAAUUGUUGUGUUACACUCAAAGCAAUAAUAAUUUUUCGAUGUAAAUUGACAAAGUUCGCAUUUUAAAGUACAUUAAAUUUUACAAAUAUCAAUAUCAUAAUAAUUUAAUCAAAACUUGUAAAAUAUAACUUUAAUCAUAUUUAAGCAUUAGUUAUUAUGUAGAUAACAUUAUCAUAAUAAAUUAAAAUGUACGCAAAAUAUUACUUAUAUUUUAUUCCUCAUUUUGUUAUUUCUUUGCAAAUCUGAUUUACUGGAUAUUUCUAAACAAAGAAAUCCCCAAGGGGAAUCCCGAUGCUUAUGGUCAAGAGUAAUAUUUCUUAUAAUCACAUAGUGACAUUAUAGUAUAGAACUUGAGCUGUAAGUUUAUAAGCGAUAAGGCUUCACCUUUUACAAAUGAAGUAUAAAUGAACCUUAAACUUCACUUUUAUUUGCACUUUUUUUUUUUUUUUUUUCGAGGAGGAAAGGCAUUUACGCCUGCCGCCCGGACACGACCGGGACGGGUAUGUGGGACUCACGGGGCAGAAGGCCAUCGUCCUACCCACUAAAACCUCCUCGUUUCCUUCUCACCGCAUGGUGGCGGGGUUACGGGAACGCGUUAGCACACCACCGCGACCCCACCUGCGGCCGUCGCUUUGGGUGAGCGACCCACCUGUUGUUUUUUAUUGAGGUUUUCUCCUCUCGACCCGGCCGGUGAAGGCAAGGCCCUCGGUCCCACCACAGGCUGGCGCCUGGAUGGGGAAACGAGUUCGAGAAGGCGGUGACCGAAGUCUGUCCGCCCAGCAUCGACACCGAAACUGGACGAACCCGCCUCUCCCUCCUCCUCUACUCCUCUACUCCUGUCUCCGGCAGCCCGAAAGGACUCCGGAGACCAACUCCUCCUCUCUCUGUCCGGCGGCCCAAAAGGACCCCGGAGUCCUCCUAUUUGCCACGGAGCCGCUCGCUGGUCAACUCUGCGCAACAGAGAAGUCCCAGGAGCGGCCCGCGACACUUCCGCCGCGUCAGUCUCAGCCGCGAUCGACAAGCAUUCCGGAAAAACAUCGGAUUGCUGGUCGACCCCGUUGCCCAGGGUGCACCACGUGGAGGUGACUGACAUGCACCCCACUUUUAUUUGCACUAAGCUAAGUGAAAUAAAACAUAUUAAUAUAUAAUUUUUCUGUUUCUUAUGACUCAUACGCAGUCUCUAAUUAAUACUUACUGUUGCUAUCUUUUCUUUUUUGGUUUUGCGAGUCUUUUAAGUCCUCUAAUUAGUUUAUUUCACAUACAAAUUUAUUAUUUCACAGUAAAAAGUAGCACUUUUAGUAUUAUUGUAAAACACAUCAUGUAUGUUCAAGUUUUUUAUAUUUUUAUUACAUUGUGUAUUAUUUAUUGCUACGCUUUCACUUCUUAACCAUUUAACCGAUAAUCAUGAAUUUUUCCAUACAUGUUAUCAGCAUUAUACAAAAGCACAUAACUGUCAAUCAAUACAUCAUACAACUAAUUAUUAUGUUGAUAAUACAAUGCGUUAUGGCUCAAAAUUGAAAAUAUAUAAAAAAAAAACACUUGAUUAAUAUGUUCAUUACUUAAAUCUAAUAAUAAUAAUAGUUAAUUUCUUGAACUUUAAAAUUAAUCAUAUCAUUUUAAUUGCUUUGAAAUAAACAAGCACUAGUACUCCCGACAUCGUUAAUCUCUUGACAUGAAAAACAGAUAUGUUUGCGUUAUCACUGGAAACUUUUUCUCGGUCUAUGUACUCAUAUUAUAAAGUCUAAUAUGAAUAUAUAAAUGUUAAUGCUGCACAACCAAUAGCAAUUAUGGUAUAAAUUAGUUUUCAGAACCAAUUAUCAAUUAAUUAUUAUUAACACAUAAAAAAUCUUAGCAAUAUUGAUAUCAAUAUAAUUUAAUGAAUGAUUUUAAAAAAUACACUUUACACUUUUUAUUAGCAUGAACAGUAUAGUACCCACGUAUUUUAUUCUUUUCUUUAAAAAAAAACAUGUAAACAGUAACCGAUUAUCAUUUUUUUUAUAAAUAUUGUCUUAAUAAUUGAAUUGGUUCUUUUUUUAACAUUUACCAUGUCGCAAAAUUAUAAAUAAUAUAAUGUAUGGAUUAUUAAAGAUAAUUCAUCUAUUCAUUUAUAAUUAUAGUUAAAAUGAACUUACUAACUGUGAGCUAUUACUAAAUGGCCGGCACGAGACGCCCGCAAAUAAAACAUCGAAAUUAAUGGUAAUGGAAAUAAAUUAUGAUUAAAGCAAUCAAUAAAUAAACAUGGAUAAAAUAUAUGAAAACGUAGUUAGAGUUCCGGUAUGUAAAUUAAUGUAUUUUUGUUGCGCGUGCAGUACUCGCACCGUGAAACAAUGAUAAUGAUAUCUAUUUACGAUAACGAUCCUUGACAGAUUUCGGCCACGGCGGCCAAUCUCUAGGAAGAUUCGCCAACUGGGACAUAUUAUAGUGCACAAGUGGGUAUGCAAACACAGGGGCACUCUAUUCCCUCACUCUCAUAAUCCAAAUUGACGGCAAACCAACACGACCAGAAGUAGCUUAGGUGCAGGACUAAAGACCUUACGUGCUUUCCGAGAUACGGGAAUGUACACACUUCCUUGUUAUCUUCGACUGAAAAACUCGUUAACUUUUUAUCGGCCCGACCUGGGGGACCGUUAGUCAUGCUAACGAGGCAGUCAAUAAAAAUAGUAAUAGUAUACGCGCUACGCACACAAGAUGUUACCACUGAAAAAGUCGUUAAUUAUUGUGUUUGCAAAUAUUUGCCAUUCUUCAGUCACCAAAAACGUUUUAUUACUAGAAAGAAGUACUCAGUAGGUUUUGAAUUAAAAAUAAAACAAAAUCAAUAUAUGGAAAUUAUUAAUUUUAAUUAAAUUUAAUUAAUAAUCAUGCUUAUUAACCUACUUGCAAAUCAUCAACUAGGUUUAAAUUGCUGGCAGGAGUUCAGUCUCGUAUUUAAUUUUGCCAUGUUUGUGGCAUCGCUGAAUCGGUGCCUCGAAUAAACUGGCAUCUGCUGCUGCUAAGUCGGGCUUUGUAUUAUUAUGGGAGCAUCAGUGAGUUGCUUAACGUACUUAAGAUAAUUAUAGAAAUUUUUGUCGAAAAUUCAUGCUGACAAAUCAAUACUUGCUAAUUUUCCUUUUAUGAGAACGCAGUUUUAUUUUAUAAUAAUCAGUUAUAAUUGUUUAUCUGAAAUUGACCUUUUUUAGCUCUAGGGAAUAAGCAGCGGGCACUUUUUAUGACAACCGAGAUUAAAUAUAUCAACGAUACGCUUUGUACUUACAAUUGACCUAUUAACUUUGUACUAGAAUGUGACGGCCUUACUUAUAAAUGCUGUCCAACGGGCGAUAAGUUAAACAAUAUGGCCGAUUUACAUUGAUCCAGUAUCUCGAUUCAGCGCCGCGAUCCAGUAAUACUGGAUCGAAUAAUGUUUUUUUUUCAAUUGAUAUAGAAUAGACGCUAUUUUUUCGAUCCAGUAUCCGCUCCCCGCUCCCCGAUCCCGAACGUACCAUUUCCCCUGGACCCGUAUAAAUGUGUCGGUCUAGUAAUCUAGUUGAUGCCGUGUAAUCGUAUGUUAGCAAUAUUCAUGAAAAAUGUUUUAGUCUUUGUCUUUAUUCUAUGAUUUACAUUUUUAUUUUUAAUUACUUGGCAUCACAAACAAAUAAAAUAAAAAAAAUAGUUUUUGUAUUUUUGCAAAAAUACAAAUUAUUAUUUUAGAAAACAGUUUUUUUUUAAAUCCGAGCAUGACUUUUCGCCCGAUGAAGGAGCGCUAUAAUUUAGGAGUUUUUAAACUUCAAGUGUACAGGUUUCUUCAUGCUCGGAAAUGCUUCAGCAACAUCUUAAUAUCGCACAUGUCCACUUACCAUAUGGAAAACAUUCAGCUCGUUUUACCUCAUUUAAAAUAAAAUAAUCGGCUCAUACUAUGUCUUCUUCUUUCAAUGGUCAAAUCAAUAAUAUAUGAACGAAAUUUCGCCAAACAGUCACUAAGCAACGUUUUUAAGUAAAGCAGCAUUAAUUUCUCAUUUAGAAGUUGUUAUGAGGCCGAAGUUUAAAUCUUCAUAAAUCUGGGAAUCUUGAAGUUUUUAAAGAUUCGUAGAUUUCAAUUUGAUUCUUCUUAUAAGAUUAUUUGAAUUAAUGUAAUAUUGUUUGUGUGUUUAAUAAAGACGUUGAAUAUGUUAAACAUACAUAGCGAUAUAUGUUAAAUAGAACAAGAUCUCUUCCGCAUAAUAUAACUCGGAAGUCAGUAAAUAGGUAGUCAAUUCCUUGCAUUUAUAAAACGGGCACUAUGAGAAAUUUAGUUUCCAACUCACGUACUGAAUUCACUAUAUUGUAUCUCACUUCUUAAAUUCAAUUUCGUUAUAGCGACCUUUUGUCGACCUGCUUAAAAUUACAGUUAUCUAAAUACACGUUGUUAAACGAACGAGUUAGGGUCUUUUAUCAAUAGAAGUGGUGAAAGAAUUUAAAAUGUUGACAAAUGACGUAAAUGUUACAUUUUAUUACUUAACCUUAAAAUUAAUAUAAUAAAAUAUAUAUUUUUAGACUAAUUAAGAAUAUUGUAUGCAAUUAUUAUUAUUUAAAUCUUUAAAAACUCAGUGUAGUUAGAGCUUUUUACUGUAUGUCAUGUUUGAGUUGAGUUUUUAAAAAUUUCAUACACAACUGAAACAUGUCCGUAAAACGGACAUGUAGUUUGGGCUUUGAACUACACAUUAUACAGAACGAUAAAAGUAAUAAAAUGUAAAAAUAUAUAUAUUACUUUACUAUAAUUUUAUGUUGUUUUCAAGUAUAACGCGUUUUCUUAAAAUUCUUAGUGCAAAUUUGUUUGUUUAUAUAAUAGCGCUGGCGUGUAUAAAAACGUUAAAUGUCAAUCAGUGAGUAUAAUGUUUCUUGACAAUUUUCAAUAUCACAUAUAUUGUCAUACUGACGACAUUAUUUUGACAGCUUUACAUUAAGUUGGUGCUGCAUGUUGGAUUCCUAAAUUCAAUUAUUCUUAAUUUCCAAUGCCAACGUCAAUUAUCUGUAUUUACUGGAGAAUCCAUAACUUUACUAGAAGCCACUAAAUUAGUUUUAGAAGCUUUGAAGUUACAUGAAAUUUUAAAAGUUAUCAUUUUUACGGAAUAUUGAAGCUGCCUUCAAGCUAUAGCUCAAAAUCCUUUCCGUUCCAUUUAUCAAAAUUUCUUAUUAUUCUACAGAUUAGAGAGAUUCUUUAUAUUUGUCAUUAAAAGGGUCUAAGCGUUAAAGUUGCAUAGAUUUCUAGUCAUUGGUAUUCGUGACAAUGAAAUGGCUGAUCAACUCGCUAAAACAGCUUCUUCAUGAGGUUCUUUGUCUCAUUAAUCGUAAUUAUUCUCAUAAUUUAUCAUCUUUGUGUAAAAAGUAACAAUGGAAUCGCCGGUGGAUUGUCUCUUAAGCGAUUAAGGGCAAACAUUAUAGUUCAAUCAAAAUUAUUCCACUCAUUCCAUGGUUCAUACGCUAUCGCGGGGCGGAUCGUAAAAUCACGUCUAUUACAUGUCGGCUUCGGUUGGGUCAUGCCCGUACCCCUGUACAUUUAGCUAAAAUAAAAUUUAAAAACAAAUCUAUUUGUGAAUGCGGCUUAGAUGAAUGCGUUUAAUUUUUUUUUUUUUUUUUAAAUUGUUCUAGGCCCCUAGAUUCUCUAUUUGAAUAUCUUCCCUCUGACAUCCAACUUCCUAUAAACAUGAAAGUUCUUUUGAGAUUAUUUACUCACUAUUUAUUAAAGAUUUAAUUUAAUUUAUUGUAAAAAAUAUAUUGAAAUUAUAAUUGUUAUUAUUUUUUUUAUAUUAUUUAUAUGUUGUGUUAAUUAAUUAUUUCAUUUAAUUAUAAUAUUGUUCUAGAUAUCUACUGUAGAAAUACAUAGUUUUCACUCAUAAUCAUUAAACGAUUCAGAAUUUUAAACGAAUGAUGUCAUAUCAUAUGUGUCAUCUCUUUUAUACGUGAUAUUGGCAGAAUAUUUUGCGCUCAAAUAGCGUAGAUACAGGCCAGAAAAGGAAAAAAAAAUAAUAAAUUAUUUUCUUCAUAUCAAAACAUAGAAAUCACUUUUUAACAUACAUAAAUAAAUAAUAUAACUUGCUGACCAUGGAUCAAUUAAUGUUAUGGAAAUACAGCCGAAUGCAAACAUUUUUAUUUUUACAUAAUGUAACUCAACGCUACGACUAACGCGUAUAUAAUUUAGAAUAACCUAAUAUUUAUACGACUUAAUUUGAUUAUAAAUUUUGUUUUAAUGUUAUUUAACUUCGUGAUAUGAUUUUUACAACUACCGACAUUAUAAUGAUUUAACUUUUGUAUAAAAAGCGAUGUAUUUACAAUGAACAAUCAUAAUUAUUGUUGAACUUGAGCAGGGUGGUUACUCUGCCUGUUUAAAUAAAUAUUGUUUAUAACCACCCAACACUUCUUUCGCUAUCCUGGCCCACCUUCUGUUUCAUCUCAGAAGUGGGAUCGGCCUAAAAUAUAAUAUAUCAGGACCGUACAUCUGGUCUUGGGAACCAAAAAAGGAACAGUGAUCCGUCUAUAUCAUCUGAAGAAGAAGAAAUGUUGGCAAGAAAGAAAAAUGAAUCUGAGACAAUGACUAAGUACUUUCACGGAAAAAUGUCAUUACUUAAGAAAUGCAAGAUUAGUGGAGAAGAUGCUAUAUCCUGUAUAAUAAGAGGUUGAUUGAAAUGGUGAAUUCCGCUAGAAGAUCAACUUGAAGAGGCCGCGCUGAAGGUGUUUCGUCGAAUACUAUUUCAAGCACACAAGAACUCGCAGAUACAAAACGCUGCUACACAUGUCGUCGAACAAGGCACGAGGCGAAGGAUUAUAAGGCGACAACGCGCUGCGAGUACUGUCAUCGCUGGGAGCACAACAUCGCGACGUGCUGGUUUUCUUCAAGCGGUUCAAGCCAGCCCACACAAAAGGUCGUUUUACAAAUUACCUACGAUAUUUUAUUAGAUUUAUUUAAGAAAAUUGCUUAUGUAUGGUAUUAUAAUUGCAUAAGCAAUUAGCAAGGUCACGAUUUAAUCGCAUAUAUACAGGCAGCAAAUUAAAUUUUGCUUACCCUCGCAAUAGCAAAAAAAAAAAUUAAAACUACAACUUCAACCCUCUAAUAUAAUUUGAGCUUUGGGAGCAGUCAAUUACAUUCUUUAGGUAAAUGUGAGAUAGAAGUAAAUGUUGAUAAUAUUGUACUAAUGGACAAAUUGAGAUAUCAUCUACCCGACAUAGAUUUAAUAAUAGGCCAUACGUUGAUUUAUCAAAAUCAUGUUAGCUUAGUGACCACCCAUCUGUUUCGUUUUGCACGAGAAAUAAAUUGAACAUUGACGUUAUAGGUAUUAAUUUAGAUUCAAAUGACUUUAUAAAUAGUUUUCCUGUACUCUUAAAUCUGAAUCUGAAAAUAUUAAUAUAAAAAAAAAGUAAUUAUGCCUUCGUGUCCGUUGGGGUUAUUGAUUAUUUAUACACGGAGAACAAAUCGUAUUUGAUACACGGGGUCUAUUACGAGUUAGAAGGUACAUCUUAUUACAUACCAGAAUGUUUAAUUAAUUGAAGUAAUUAAUAUAUGAGAUGAUGAAAUUUCAAGAAAAAAGCGUCUGUGUGACAAAAAGCGUCUGUGUGACAAAAAGCGUCUGUGUGACAAAAAGCGUCUGUGUGACAAAAAGCGUCUGUGUGACUAAAAGCGUCUGUGUGACAAAAAGCGUCUGUGUGACAAAAAGCGUCUGUGUGACAAAAAGCGUCUGUGUGACAAAAAGUGUCUGUGUGACAAAAAGCGUCUGUGUGACAAAAAGCGUCUGUGUGACAAAAAGCGUCUGUGUGACAAAAAGCGUCUGUGUGACUAAAAGCGUCUGUGUGACUAAAAGCGUCUGUGUGACUAAAAGCGUCCGUUUGACUAAAAGAGUCCGUGUGACAAAAAGCGUCCGUGUGACAAAAAGCGUCUGUGUGACAAAAAGCGUCUGUGUGACAAAAAGCGUCUGUGUGACAAAAAGCGUCUGUGUGACUAAAAGCGUCUGUGUGACUAAAAGCGUCUGUGUGACUAAAAGCGUCUGUGUGACUAAAAGCGUCUGUGUGACUAAAAGCGUCUGUGUGACAAAAAGCGUCUGUGUGACAAAAAGCGUCUGUGUGACAAAAAGCGUCUGUGUGACAAAAAGCGUCUGUGUGACAAAAAGCGUCUGUGUGACUAAAAGCGUCUGUGUGACUAAAAGCGUCUGUGUGACAAAAAGCGUCUGUGUGACUAAAAGCGUCUGUGUGACUAAAAGCGUCCGUUUGACUAAAAGCGUCCGUGUGACAAAAAGCGUCUGUGUGACAAAAAGCGUCUGUGUAACUAAAAGCGUCUGUGUGACUAAAAGCGUCCGUUUGACUAAAAGCGUCUGUGUGACUAAAAUAUGUCACUGGUAAAGGCUUCAAUUAUAAGUAACAGAAGAAAAUAUUACUAAUUAGUAACAAUACAUUAAUAUGAAACGAGAUACUUUUGUACUGCUUUUUUUUCCAGAUAUCCGAUGCCGGUGAAAACUCUACCAGCCGUGGGACACGGCAGUUUCAGGAUGGCCGAGUGUUAAACUCAACGCUACGACUAACGCGUAUAUAAUUUAGAAUAACCUAAUAUUUAUACGACUUAAUUUGAUUAUAAAUUUUGUUUUAAUGUUAUUUAACUUCGUGAUAUGAUUUUUACAACUACCGACAUUAUAAUGAUUUAACUUUUGUAUAAAAAGCGAUGUAUUUACAAUGAACAAUCAUAAUUAUUGUUGAACUUGAGCAGGGUGGUUACUCUGCCUGUUUAAAUAAAUAUUGUUUAUAACCACCCAA